AACGCAUCGACACGUAAUUGAUAAUUAAAGGAUGUAGGAGUAUCACACAAAGCUCUUUGGUGCGCUCCUUAAACUGCAGUGUGAAACAAAAAUAAGCGAACCAAAUAUAUACAAUGUAGCAAACACAUGAACCUUGGUUCGGACCACGGUCCAGACUUUCAGGUGUGAAAGCACCCUAAAAUACUGUAACCCAAAACAUCUAUUGGGGAACUAUGUUGCUGCCAGAGUGUUGCUAACAAGGACAAAGAGGCAGGAACAUAUUAGUCCAGUGCUCAGAUCAUUACAAUGGCUCCUGAUCAGGUGGAGAAUAGAAUUUAAAAUACUCCAUCUCGUAUAUAAAGCACUAAACGGGUUCAGACCAACUUGCAUCUCUGAUAUACUGGAGCAGGGCUGGACUGGGACAAAAAAUCGGCCCUGGCAUUUUUGGUUUAGACCGGCCCCUCAUAAUUUGCGGAGCACAACCAACUUGUAAUUUAUGUAUGUGGGGUUACAAAGAAGCAUAAUGUAUCAUUAGCAUAUUCAAUUCAAUAUAGAGUUCUAUUUCUUUUCUAUUUUUUCAGGUUAAAGGUGCUUUCUACUUUAAACAGUUAUAAUUUGUAUCAGGCUACAAAAAGGGCUUUCUGUAUAGCCUCACCAUUAUCAACUUUAUAAUAAAAAUUGAGCUUCAUUAUAAUCAUGUUUUGUUUUUUGGGAUGGAAUGUUGUAACAGGGCUAGCUCUUUUAUUAAAUGCUUGAAACCAGGGUUCUCUCCUACUCUCACCAUGAGAGGAUCUUUUGAUCUAAGUAGAACAAACAAACAAUGAGCAUGAUUGUGGCGCUUUAUUAAAAACAAAAACAACAGCAUUACUUUUUACAAAUAUUUUUUCCUUAUUACUGGAUGCAUUUUAGUGUUCUUUUAAGAAAUAUCAGCUUUAAAUUGAUAAAAUUAAAUUAUAUUAGUAGGGUCAAUCACUUAUUAGAGAGAGGGCGAGAGAGAAAGAGAGCGAGCGAGAAAAAGAGAGAGACGGUCAGAGAGAGCGAGCGAGAGAGAGAAAAAAGAAAGAGAGCGAGAAAAAGAGAAAGAGAGCGAGCGAGAAAAAGAGAGAGACAGUCAGACAGAGAGAUCGAUAGACAGAGAAAAAAGGGAAAGAGCGAGAAAAAAAGAGGGAGAGAGAGUCUGAGAGAGAGAGAGAGAGCGCGCGCGCGAUUAGGCGAGCGAAAGAGAGACCCCUCUAACUUGUGGGCCGGUCUCUUAGAAAAAAAGGACGAAAAAAAAUCCGCAUCGGCCCCUCAGGACUGUCGGCCCGUACGCCAGAUUACAAGUCCAGCCCUUUACUGGAGAAAUAUUGUCCUCUCUUUAUAAUAUUUAUGCAUUUCCAUUGAAUUCAAUUUGCAGGGUCUCUCCCUUUCUUGCCUAUUGAUUUGUGCCCCUCAGUCAGAUAAUCAUAAAUUAAUUUUAAGAGUAAGAAUAGGUGCUCAAAGAACUACCUGAAGAUACUGUGUAUAAAAAGUCUCUUUUAAAUAAACUAUCUGUGCCAUUUCCAAGUCCUCAGCAUCUCAUUUUAAAUGUCAGGGCCCUCAGAAUUCUACUAAUGAAGUGUAGAGCUACUUUGAGCUUGCUAAUGGUGAAAAAUACCACAUACAUUUUCAUGGGCAACUCUAUGCCCCUAUCGCUAUAGCAUUGUAAGCCUGUGGGAAGUAUUGGCUAAAAGUGCUGUAUUUUGGAAUGCUAGGGGUGAACAGAGGAGGCCUAUUCGACAAAAGUUUCAGACCAGAUUUCUCUUUUAAGGGUUUGAGAGACUUUGUUAUUUUUUUCUUUCUCUCAGCCAAUGUAGACAGAGUUGGGAGUGAAAGUGUAUGAGAAACUGUGGGACUUGCAGCAGAUGUUCUCAGACAAUUAAAUCUUGAGUGUAAAUAUUGUAAAUACUAUACUAUUCUUUUUGUCUGUAAUUUUUUUCUUUUGUCUUUCUCUAUUCACCUAAACUUGAGACCUUGACUCACAACCCUCACACUACUUUUAGGUUUCUCAACCUUAUUUAAACCUGAAAUCCCUUUAGGAUAGUUUAAGCAUAACAGCGAUCAAUCACGCUUAUUAUAUUUAUUACAGAACAAUGGUUUGUUUGCUCUGUUGGUAAGAUUUUGUGUUUUUUUCUAUUGUUUGGUGCUAAAAUGGUCAUGCCAUGUGAUCAGGUAUAUAAUGAAGUAAAGGAAGUAGCCUGAAACGGCCUCUGUCGCCACAACCCACACACAAAAACUUUCACACAUACGCGUGCAUGUUUUACAUGUGUGUGUCUAUCUAUUCCUGCCAUAUGUGGGUGUUUGUGUGCACAUGUAUAUGCACUUAGAGCUUCCUCUACUGAUUGCAAGGUUGGUGAGCUCUACUGAGGUUCAUCUCUCCUUCAUUUGUGAUGGCUGGUGUUGGAGAAGCUAUCUACACAGCACUGGAAAUCUCCAUCGCUGUAGCAUGUUGCCUGGGCAAUGUGCUGGUCAUCUGGGCAGUGCAGACAUCAGGGGGCAUCAAAAAGCCUACCUUCUGCUUCAUUAUGUCCCUUGCAGUGGCUGAUUUCAUGGUUGGGGCGGUGGCCAUCCCCCUGGCAGUGCUGGUAGACGGACGAUUCGAGACGUCUUUCCACGGCUGCCUCUUCAUCAGCUGUGUGGUCAUUGUGCUGACCCAGGCCUCUGUAUACUCCCUACUGGCCAUUGCUGUGGACAGAUAUCUGCGCGUCUACAUCCCUCUUAGGUACAAAGGAAAAGUCAAGCUGAUGCACUCAGGUGCAAUAGUUGCAGUAUGUUGGGUCACUGCUGCAGUGUUGGGUUUGGUACCCAUGUUUGGAUGGAACAACCAAAGCUCUUUACCACUUUCCAACUCCACCACAAUUGUAUGCCAGUUCCUGACUGUCAUCCCAAUGUCCUUCUUGGUCAACUUUAGCUUCCUCAGCUGUCUUCUUCCUCCCUUGAUCAUCAUGAUCGUUCUGUACUGCUGCAUCUUCUGCGUGAUAUCUCAGCACCUGAGAAGAGACAUUGCGAAAGCCACCAAGUCCAGUGCUUAUUAUGUGAAAGAGAGGAAGCUGGCCAGUUCACUGGCUCUGGUUUUGGCUCUGUUUGCGGCCUGCUGGCUGCCGAUACACAUCAUGAACGCUGUUGAGUUUUACACCCAGGGUAGCUAUGUUCCUCACAUGGCUUUUUAUGUUGGCAUUCUCCUCUCACAUGCCAACUCAGCGGUCAAUCCUGUGGUGUAUGCUUUUAAGAUCCCAAAAAUAAAGCAAGCAUACCAAAGAGCUUAUAGGAAGGUUCUCCCAUGCAAAACAGAAGAGCAAAAAGAUCAGAGCAGCCAGAUGACAGAAACUAAUAAGGCAACCAGCACUGCUAAGUCUAGUUCUGUUCUGACAUAAGCUGCAGGGCACUGAGUUACAAUGCGAGCUUUGCUUAGAGUUGCUCAUUUUGAUAAAAUUGUGGGUGCGAUCACCACUGUCUACGCGAACCAAGAUAUUGGUAAAGCUUUAUUUUACUAUGCGUUAGGCUCUUGGCAUUAACCAGAUGCAGUACAAGCUUAAAAAUACUUCUUUUGGAAUUUCCAUCAAAUCCUUGCGAUUUACUUGAUAUGGGUGUACUACAUAUUUAGAAAAAAAAAGAUUCCUUAUGCACUCUUUAGUAAUGCUGACGUUUCUUUGCAGAACAACAUUAAGCCAAAUAACCAUGUGAAUCCUACUAAAAAGUUUAAGGUGAAAGGCCAAUCCAACAUUAAAGGAGUUCAAAAACACAGAGGUAAUCAAGCACUGGUAGAGGCAUUCAUAAUUAGUCACAGCUGCAGAGAAUUAGUAAUCAGGUGAGGAUGAGCAGGGGGGCUUUCCAUGAUUGGACGAAUAAUGGCAUGUGACUGUGGUCUGAGAGGGAGUAGUAUUCUGGGAAUUGUAGUCCAGAGUGUCAGUAGAGGGAAUAGGUCCAGUAACUAUCUGAUAGACUGAUGUUUUCAAACAUUAAUACAUAAAUACCUACAAUAAUGUCCCAAUAAAAACAACAACAAAUAAUAAUAAUAAGAAGAAUAAGAAUAAGAAUAAGAAUAGUAAUAAAUAAUAUCCAUUUUGUUUGUUUUUUAAAUAGCAUAAUAUAGUACAUUCGGAUUCAUCAAUUAAUUUCCAGAAUCAAGUGAUCAAGUGAAUCAAUUUACAGAAUGAUAUUCAAAUAAUUAAUACUCUUUCCCCCCUUUUUUUCUUGCUAAUUUCUUUAGUCAAAGUGUUUGUAGAAUUGAUCUAAACAAAUGAUCUACUGUACUUUUUUUAUAUACGUGAAACAUGCUAGAUUUCUCUCUUUUGUUCUUUGUUU